CCUCAGCUCCCACCAUGGCCGAAACUGCUAAGCUUCAGCUGUUUGUGAAGGCCAGUGAAGAUGGUGAGAGCGUGGGGCACUGCCCUUCCUGUCAGCGGCUCUUCAUGGUCCUGCUCCUCAAAGGUGUGCCCUUCACGCUCACCACGGUGGACACGCGCAGGGCUUUGGAUGUGCUGAAGGACUUUGCACCAGGCUCCCAGCUGCCCAUCCUGCUGUACGAUGGGGAUGCCAAGACGGACACGCUGCAGAUAGAGGAGUUUCUAGAGGAGACGCUGGGACCACCCGAGUUUCCUAGCCUGGCACCCCGGUACAGGGCAUCCAAUACAGCAGGUAACGACAUCUUCCACAAGUUCUCGGCCUUCAUCAAAAACCCGCUGCCUGCACAAGACGAUGCUCUGUACCAGCAGCUGCUGCGUGCCCUGGCCAGGCUGGACAGCUACCUGCGCACACCCCUGGAGCACGAGCUGGCACAGGAGCCCCAGCUGCGUGAGUCACGCCGCCGCUUCCUGGAUGGCAACCAGCUCACACUGGCCGACUGUGGCCUGCUGCCCAAGCUGAGCAUUGUGGAUACUGUGUGUGCCCACUUCCGCCAGGCGCCCAUCCCUGCGGAGCUGCAAGGAGUCCGCCACUACCUAGACAGCGCGCUGCAGGAAAAAGAGUUCAAGUACACGUGUCCUCAUAGCUCUGAGAUCCUGGCGGCUUACCAGCCUGUUGUGCACCCCCGCUAGCGUACCCUACCUGUGCCCACUCAUCUGCCACCUUAUAAAGAUCUCUCUUCCCUGA